AUGGCAUCAGGAUCAUCCGAAUCGUACCAUGUUAUAAUGAAAGGAACGACGCUUAUUGUUUGCCAGGACUAUGAAAGUGUUGCUUCAAGGGGCAUCUGGAAGCAUAGUAACCCUUUGAAAUUUGCUACACCUCUUCUGUUGCUUCAACUCUCUAUGAUUUCCCUCACCACCGUGUUGAUUGAUUUUUGUCUCCAACCACUCGGACAAUCAACUAUCGUAUCAAAAAUCUUUGCUGGCAUAGUGUUUGGCCCCUCACUCUUGGGACAUGAAGUUGUCUUAAGCUCUAGGCUGUUUCCUCCGAGUGGCGCCAUGGUCAUGGAAACAUUCGCCACAUUCGGCCUCAUGUUCUUCUUCUUCCAAGUAGGAGUUCAGAUGGACUCAAGCAUGAUGGUUAAACCGGGGCGAAUCGCCAUGGCCAUAGGCAUCUCGGUAAUGUUCUUCACACUCUCACUCGGCAUUGCACUCUCUCUCCUUCUCAAAACCUACGUCCCCAUGGAUGACAGCCUUGCGAGCUCGCUUCCUUUCAUAGCAGCGGCGCAAAGCCUAACACCGUUCCCCAACAUUGCUUGCCUACUAACCGAGCUCAAGAUCCUCAACACCGACCUAGGCCGCCUCGCAAUUUCCUCCUCAAUGUUCUGUGAUGUAAUUGGCAUUGCCUUAACCGCGGUUGGAUUUUCAAUGAUUGGAAACUCCGGUAUAUUACGAGCAUUUCUUGCAGUUUUAUCAACAGUGGCUCUGGUGGUGGUGGCGGUGUACUUUUUCCGGCCAACGGCAGUGUGGUUUCAAAGUCGCACACCUGAAGGGAAAGUUAUCGGGGAGAAGUAUAUGAGUUUAAUAUUUACUAUGGUUAUUGUAGCCGGUUUUGCAAGCGAGGCGAUUGGGCAACAUUUUAUCUUGGGACCGUUGAUUUUUGGGUUGGCGGUGCCCGAAGGGCCGCCAUUAGGAGCCGCCAUUGUGGCAAAGCUGGAUAGUUUGGUUUCGGGGUUUCUAUAUCCUACAUUUCUCACUGUCAGUGGAUUGAAAACAAAUGUAUUCAAGAUUCAUUUGCAGUCUGCUUGGAUUGUGAUGUUCUUGGUUUUGUUUUCAAGCUUUGUUAAGAUUGGGGCUGUAUUAUUGCCUACAUACUUUACUGAUAUACCAGUACAAGAAGCUGUUGUGCUUGGGUUGAUGAUGAAUAUCAGAGGCAUUUGUGAGCUCGUUGUUUUCAACUUGUGGAGACAUGGUGAGAUUCUGACCGAUCAAGAGUUCACUUUGUCUGUCAUCUCAGUAAUAGUAGUGACAGGAAUCACAACACCGCUGAUACGAUUCCUCUAUGAUCCAUCUAGGCAUCAACUUCCGAUCAAAAGAAAGAACAUUCAACAAGCGAAGCGCGACGCAGAGCUGCGAAUUCUAGUAUGCAUCCAUAACCAAGACAACGUGCCCUCAAUCGUAAACCUUCUAGAAGCCUCCAACGCCACUGAAGAGAGCCCCAUUGUAGUUACUGCCCUCCUUCUUGUUGAGCUUGCGGGCCGGAGCACCCCAAUGCUCAUAGCCCACCAACGAAAACCAAUCCACGAGACAAACACAAGCAGCUCUAGGUCUGGCCGCACCAUCAAUGCCUUCCAUCACUACGAGCUCUACAACGAAGGUCGUGUCACAGUCCAAACAUUCAGUGCCAUCUCUCAUUUUGAAACAAUGCACGAAGACAUUUUUCGUAUGGCGCUCAACCAAAACGUCACUAUUGUUAUCGUGCCGUUUCACAAAAUCUGGGCCAUUGAUGGCUCUAUUGGUUCAACGAAUCGCGCCAUCCAAAACAUGAACAUCAAGGUCCUCAACAAGGCACCGUGCUCCGUUGGCAUCCUCAUUGAUCGUGGAAUCCUCAACGGCUCGUCGUACAUAUUCCACGACCAUUCAGCAUAUCGUGUCGCCGUGAUCUACAUUGGCGGCCCAGACGACAUAGAGUCACUAUCCUACGGUGCUCGAAUGGCAAACCAUGAAAAUGUCACUCUAACAAUUUUUCGCAUCCUUCUCUUUGGUAGCGAUAGCGCAAGAGAACGCAAGCUCGAUAACGAUUUGAUCAAUCAAGUCCGGCGCGCUAAUGCCGGGAAUGAGCGUUUUUCGUAUCAAGAAGAGGUGGUGAGAGAUGGGGUAGGGUUGGCUGCAUGUAUUAGAAGAUUGGAAGAUUGUUUUGACCUAAUCAUAGUUGGGAGGCACCAUCAAGAGUCAGCUUUGUUGCAAGGGCUAGGGGCAUGGAGUGAGUGCCCGGAACUCGGUGUUAUCGGAGAUAUGCUCGCCUCGCCGGAUUUUGGUAUGGCAACGUCAGUGUUGGUGGUUCAACAACAAAGAGUGCUAGGAGGGAAGGUGAUGACUCGGGCUACGAAGCCCAGUGUUAGAGAUGUAAUUGUCCCGGGCCGGCCAAGCCAUGGGGGAGGAGGAGCAACAACACCAUCACGUGAAAAUGCAACCUCAUGGGCUAUUUCAAUGGAUAGAACUUAGAGAAACUAACUUUAGAUGGUAAUUCACAUUUUGUUAGCCCACUUCAAUUUGGUUUGUUUUUACCUGUUUGUCCUUGUAUAUAAGAAAAAUUGGUAUAAAUAGAGAAUUUCUUUCCAUUAUUUUGGGAAGGAAAGAAUAGGAGCUAAUGAAAGAAAAGAAAUGAUUCUCUGAG